GCGGCUCGGCAAUUGGCAGAGCAACGCCACGCCUGCACAAAUACAAGUCAAAUAUCUAGUGGCACCUUCCGUGUCAGAGAAGUCCAACAUUACGUGGGCAGGCCAGUGACUGUCCCCGCCCCUGGCGCCGCACUCGUCUUCCUCUCCUCCAACGCAUAUGCAGAGUCAGGGAACCCCUCCACCCAGACAUUCUCUACCACGGCGGUCACGAAGACAGCAAAUACAGCAAGGGUUGACCCGAGUGUGCUGGCAACCUCGAAUGGGAUGUCGGGAGCUACAUGGGAGCUGGGAGCACGAAUGUCCGUCACGAUGUUCAUGUUACAAUCAAAAUUCUUGAAACUGUUGUGGGGUAUGCAGCUGUUCAUAUGGACUGGGCAGAUUUGGAUGCUGGGCGCUGCAAAAAACUCGGCUGAGGUGAUGAACUGA